AUGAACCUCGUCAACGCCAUCUACACAACUUUCUUCACGGACCGCUUUCACAUGGACCAGUACGUCAUCCUCCACGUCUACACCUGCCGGAUCGCGCGGCUGGAAGAGAUCAUCUUCACCCGCCUCGCGCAGGGGUAUACAGAUUCUGGCUUCGGGGUCUCGCAUUACAUAGCCGAGCGGAGCAACUCAAGCUUAAUGAAGCCAAUGGCGCUGGAAAAGGGCGAUGUCCUCGCGUUGUAUACUCCUAACUGCAUUGACACCCCAGCCCUUCACGAUUUCAAGGCGAAACCUGUCGUUACCCAGAAAUCGUUCCUGGAGAAGACACGUGCCGCAGCCAGGAAGGCGGGCAUCGCGGACAACCGGGUCAUCUUGAUGGGUGAUAAGCGCGAUGAAACCCAGAAGUUCAAGCAUUUCAGGGGUAUGACCCGGUACCGAGAAUCCAAAAUCGACCCGAAGAAGGAUUUGGCUUUUUUGGUGUACAGCUCCGGUACCACAGGACUCCCCAAAGGUGUCAUGCUCUCCCACGAAAAUAUCGUCGCGAACACCAUGAUGAAUCAAGUUGGCGAGGGAAAGGACUUGAGUUGGAAAGGCGGAUUUAACAACGGCGGGGAUAAAAUCCUGGCCUUUAUCCCAUUCUUUCACAUCUACCUCGUCGUCAUGACGAAAUUCGAGUUGGACCGCUUCUGCCAAAACGUGCAGACCCGCAAAAUCACCUACACAUACGCUGUUCCUCCUGUCAUCCUUAUGCUCGGCAAAUCUCCUAUCAUAGAUAAAUACGACCUCUCCAGCCUGCGCAUACUAAAAUCCGGCCGCCCCCCCUUAAAAAAAGGCCUCACAGACGCUCUCUACAAACGCCUCGGUAUCCCUAUCAAGCAGGGCUACAGCCUCAGUGAAACCAGCCCAACUACCCAUAUGCAGCACUGGGAAGACUGGCAUGUCCACAUCGGCUCUGUGGGCCGCCUUCUCCCAAACCAAACCGCAAAAUACAUCCAUGACUUCGAAAUCGAAGUCCCCUUUGGCGAAACCGGCGAGCUCUGCAUUAAAGGCCCAAACGUCUUCCAAGGCUACCUCAACAACCCCGCCAGCACCACAAACGCGUUCACACGCGACGGCUACUUAAGACCGGCGACGUCGGGCACCAGGAUAAAGAUGCCAAUCUACAUCACGGACCGCGUGAAGGAACUCAUUAAGUACAAGGGCUUCCAGGUUCCCCCGCCGAGCUCGAAGGUAUCCUCCUCGGCAACGACGACGUCGAGGACGUCGCUGUCAUUGGCAUCUAUGAAGAGGAGAGCGCGACGGAAGUCCCCCGCGCCUACAUCGUCGCUAAAAGAGGGCAAGUUUGUUGUUCAUCGAAUCGCCAGGAAACAGAAUAAAAGCCCUGCCCUCCUUCUUUACAAGCUUCUUCGUCUCUUGCAUCUUCGUCUUCGUUGGGUAGAUACAUAAUUGUGAUGUCUGCACCUCCGCGAGCCAGUAAAACGGCGACGAAUCUUCCAAUGCCAGAACUGACACAUUGUCAGGUUGAGAUGGAUCAAAUCAGGGACAUAACGCAUUUUCUCCGCCCGUGAUGAUGCCUUCUUUUCCUUCAAUUUGCCUGCUGGUUCGUAUUCGACAAAGCCAUGGGCUUUUCGAAGGCUGUCGGCUCGCUAGUCGGUUUCGGAUCUCUGAAAAAUAAUGAUUGAGCUGCCUAUUAAAUGAAAAUACCUGCCAUUGUGAAUCCUAAGAUUGCGGCUUCUGGACCGUCUUGAACUCGCUCCCUCGCCUCCUUUUGCAUCUGUCAUGACGUCGAAACUAGAUUUUUUUUUCUAAAAUAGUUGACUGCAUUGAGGCGGUGAAUGUUUUGAUGGAGAAACAGAAAUGAAGUUUUA